UAAUGCAGACAAAGUUGCUACAAUUUCGAACCAUAUAUAAUUCGUCGGCGGUGUUGGAGAUCAUUAUCAUAAAGUGUCUGUCAUAAACAACUAACACAGCUUCCCUUGCAAAUCUCAAGCAAUGGCGUCGCCAUUGGAACUGGGAAACACUCGAAAAGUCGUUGACGAUCAAAGAAAAGAAGAAGAACAAGAAGAACACUUCUUCUCCUACGCGAUGCAGCUAGCGACGUCGACCGUGCUGUCUAUGUCUCUACAAUCUGCAUUUGAGCUCGGAGUUUUCGACAUCAUAGCGAAAGCCGGUGAAGGAGCUAAGCUCUCAUCGGUGGAGAUCGCGGCUCACUUGCCCACCACCAACCCUGAGGCACCCAUUAUGCUUGAUCGCAUCCUCAGGCUGUUGGCGAGCCACUCUGUGCUCAAUUGCUCUUUGGAUGGUGAUAAUGGUGAUAUUGGGUCUAAUUUCCAAUGGCUCUACAGCCUAAGUCCUGUGUCCAAGUAUUUUGUGACGAAUGAAGAUGGCGUUUCCUUGGGCCCCUUCGUGGCAUUGGUACAAGACAAGGUCUCUUUCGAGAGUUGGCCCCAGCUAAAAAAUGCUGUUCUUGAAGGGGGAAUUCCGUUCAACAAGGUACAUGGAAUGCAUGCCUUCGAGUAUACGGGCGUGGACUCCAGAUUUAAUAGCGUUUUCAACGCGGCAAUGUACAAUCACACCACUAUUGUUAUUAAGAGCAUCCUCAAUCUUUACAAAGGUUUUGAGCAUCUUAAGCAACUAGUUGAUGUUGGUGGGAGUCUAGGGGUGACCCUUAAUCAAAUCAUCUCCAAAUAUCCACAUAUCAAGGGUAUUAACUUCGACUUGCCUCAUGUCAUAGGGCAGGCGCCAUCUUAUCCUGGUGUUGAACAUGUUGGCGGAGAUAUGUUCGAAAGUGUUCCAUGUGGGGAUGCCAUUUUUAUGAAGUGGAUACUUCAUGAUUGGACUGAUGAGCAUUGCUUGAAGUUACUAAAGAAUUGUUACGAAGCUAUUCCAGAUGAUGGAAAGGUUAUAGUUGUAGAGGCGAUUCUUCCGGUGUCAGGAACUAGUUCUGCUGCGAAGACCGCCUUCCAAUUUGAUGUGGGUAUGAUGACUCAAAACCCAGGAGGGAAGGAGAGGAGCCAACAAGAAUUUGUAGCUUUAGCAGUUGGUGCAGGAUUUAGUGGCAUUAGAUUUGAAUGUUUUGUCACUAACUAUUGGGUUAUGGAGUUUUUUAAGUAGACUAGUUACCCAUUACCAAAAUGUGCCUAUAUAAUUUAUCUUGA